AUGGCAUCGGUUGCUACCCUGACAGAUUUUAAACGAUACGACUUGGUGUAUGCUCUUACUCAAGCAUCCCUACAGCAAAAGGUAAUAUGCGUGAUACUAGUCCUAUUCACCUACCUUGUGGCUGUCCAGAUGCUGCGGUUUCAGCGACUUCAUUCGAUCGAGAAAAGCUACAGCUGCUAUGCAACAAGAACUUCAAUGAGGAACAUGACCGACCAUGAUGCAUGGGCAAUUCAGAAGACAAUCAUGCAGACCGAGUUCCCCUUCAUUGUCCUCAAAUCACUGCAGUUUGCCCUCUUUCGGACGUACGGCAUUCCCACAAUAUCAACUCUUCUCUUGAAAACAUCCCAGUUUUCUGAUCCCGCAACCUCAUUCAAACGGUAUGCCGACACAGGUACUUUGAUCGGCGAGUUCAUGGCAUUCGAUCCGCGCUCCGAACGUGCGCAAACAGCAAUAGCUCGAACAAAAUUCCUGCAUCAGGGCUACCGAGCCAGUGGAAAAAUUCUCGAAGCAGACAUGCUUUAUACACUCAGCCUAUUUGCCAUCGAGCCGAUCCGGUUUGUGAAACUUUUCGAGUGGCGCGAGAUGACUGAGAUGGAACGAUGUGCUGUAGGGACAUACUGGAAAAGCCUCGGUGAUGCACUGGGGAUCAGCUAUUCUCUAUUGCCGUCGGGGAACGCUGGGUUCCAGGACGGAUUGCACUGGCUAGAGGAAAUAAGUGCGUGGAGCCAUGCUUAUGAGGUACAGCAUAUGAGGCCGCAUCCUCGAAACAGGGAGAUUGCGGAGAGGACGAUCGAUGUACUUUUGUACAACCUGCCCGAUUUGCUGAAGCCGCUAGGGUUCAAUCUGGUGUCAUAUUUGAUGGACGAUCGACUGCGUAGCGCCAUGAUGAUCAAGCCUCCGACGGCCAUCUUCAGCAGUCUUUUUGCCUCACUGCUUAGACUGCGACAGCUGGCUCUCAGACAUCUUGCUCUUCCGCGGCCCAGUUACCUGCGACUCGACGUCUUCACACAGGAACCGAACCAGUAUGGUCGACAUUGGGUGACGAUAUAUGAGGGCGCACCCUACUACGUCAGACCAACGAUUUGGAACCGUUGGGGUCCAACUGCAUGGUUGAAAUGGGCUCUGGGGCGGCCUUUGCCUGGCGAUGAAGGUGAUAAAUAUUACCCUCGAGGCUAUUUCGCCCCUGAUCUUGGACCGAAGUACUUCGAGGGGAAGGGAAGAAAGGAACUGGAGGUCCUGAAGGAGAGUCUUCGCCAGCAGCGAAAAGGACAGUGUCCAUUCCCGUGA